AUGAGUCGCGGGGCGGGACAAAGGGGCCUUCGACCCGCGGACACUCACGCAAACGCUCGCCGUAGCGACACGAGGCAUUCAAUGCUGGACAUGGCCGCUGCGCAGGGUUAUACCGAGGCCAUCAAGACGAUCCUCGCACGCGGCGCCGAUGUCAACUCCGCCACGCCGGACGGCAGAACGGCCCUACACUGCGCUUCGUUCUGGGAUCAGGCGGGCGCUGUGGAACUUCUGAUUGCGUCUGGAGCUCGUCUGGAAGCUUCAGACGGCCGAGGGUGUACCCCGCUGCAUGUAGCGGCUGAGAAUGGCGCUACGACUGCCAUUGUUUCUCUCGUGAACGGCGGGGCAGAAAAAAGCAAGGUCAACAGUGAUGGCCGCUCACCUCUGUUCGUAGCGGUGGAGAACGGCCGCCUCACGGCGGCCACGGUUCUCUUGCAUGCGUCCGAAGAAGACAACGCAGGGUUUGUAGACCGUCGUUAUGGCAGCGAUGAGUACAGCGCGCUUGACUUAGCCGCCUGCGGGGGUCACCAGCAAAUAUUGAAGAUGCUCAUCCGGCAUGGGUGUGACGUCAACGCCAGCGACUCGGACGGCGUUACCGCGCUCUACCUCGCCGCCUUGAACGACCAGCCGUACUCCAUUGAUGUGCUCGUCAAGGCGGGCGCUAAGGUCGAAGCCCGUUCCCCCGGCCGCCACAGGUGGUCGGCCCUUCACGUCGCCUGCGCUUAUGGUUCCAACGAGGCGGUCUCUGCCCUCCUGACCCACGACGCGUUGCUGUUUGGCCGCGACGCCAGCAACCACACACCUCUUCACCUCGCCGUGCAGUACGGUCAUGACUCCACCGUGGAAAUUCUUCUGAGGUGGGGCUCGGACCCAACCUAUAUUUCUUGCGUAUCUGCUUGCAGGUACUCACCUUUGGACGUGGCUGCUUCCCUAGGGAACAUGAACGCGCUAAAAGCAAUGUGCGCACAUAUGCGCGAUAAAGCGAGGUGGGAGUUUACGCGAGCGGUUGGAGACGCUCUCUACGCCGCGAUAUUGUCGGAUCAGGUUGGCGCGAUAAAGUGGCUCGUGUCUGUUGGGGCUAGCGUGAGUAACACCUGGGGCAAGAAAGGCGGAGCUUUGCAAGUUGCGGCCCUAGCUGGGUCUACGGGUGCGGCGGAAGCUCUCCUGGCUGCCGGCGCAAGCAUCACGGACCGAUGCGACGAAAACAACCGUAGCGCCCUUGACAUCGCCACCAAGAACGGUCACGUGGGCGUAAUGCGAGCGCUGAUCCAGCACGGCGCCGACGUGAACACCGCCGAUCCACCGAACGAGACAACAUCGCUCCACCUGGCGGGAGAAUCCGACCAGGUCGCCUCUAUUGACCUGCUGGUCGAGUGCGGCUCCAACCUCGACGCCGCGGACAUCCUGGGCUCCAGCCCGCUCCACGCCGCCACCGCCGCCAACUCCGCCUCCGCGGUUGCCGCUCUCGUGGGGCAUGGGGCCGACGUGAACAAGGCGAACGGCCUAGGGAGGUCGCCGCUGCAUCUUGCGGCCGGUUCUCCGGACCGACUCGCAGCGCUGGAGGCCCUCCUGUCCGCUGGCGCGGACGUCGCCCUCCGCGUGGCCGGGGUCCCCGACGACCAACCGAACGCUCUCGACCUGGCCGCGGGCGCGGGCCACGUCGAUGCCAUCACGGCGCUGAUCCGGGCCGGCGCGCCCGUGGGCGCGAGGGACGGCGACGGCAGGACGGCCCUCAUCUGCGCCGUGAAGAGCAACAAGCCCCGCGCCGUGGACGCACUCGCCGAGGCCGGGGCGGACGUCGAAGCCCAUCUCGUCGACGAGAGCUGGACCUCUCUCCACUCGGCGGCCGAGGACACCCACCUCGAGGUCGUGCGGGUGCUCCUGAAGCACCGGGCCGACGUCCACGCGAGGGACGCGGACAACGACAACGACACGCCCCUGCACGUCGCGGUUCGCCAGGCAGGGGUGCAGGGCGCCGUCGAGAUCGUCCAGGAGCUUCUCCUGCACGGCGCCGACGAGGGGAAGAAGAACGACAGCGGCCUCACCCCCGCGAGCGUUGUCGGCUCCGCCGCCGCCGUCGGCCUGUUCGACUCCGUCGACCCCGCCCUCCUCCCCGUGCUGGAGCUGCCGGCGCAAGUCGUGGCGUACCUGCUGGCGCGAGCUCCGGCGGACCGGGCGUGGCGUCGCCGCAGCGGUGAGGGCAAGGCGGGUUCGAGUCCAAACGAGACAUCGUAUGUGGGCCCUCCCGGCUUCUUGCGAUAG